CCACCCUCCUCCUCCUCCUUCUACUCUCCCUCCGUCACUACCUCUACUGUAUCUCCCUUUCCUUCUGCCUUUACGAGAUCUCCUCCCGAAACCUGAGCGAGGCAGUCACCAAACCGAGAGGCGACACCCCCCUGCACAACAUGGCUACAAUUGUAACCUCGACCAGAUUUACAGACGAAUAUCAGCUGUACGAAGAGCUCGGAAAGGGUGCCUUCUCAGUUGUACGGAGAUGUGUCAAGAAGUCCACUGGCCAGGAAUAUGCUGCUAAAAUUAUCAACACGAAAAAGCUCUCAGCAAGAGAUCAUCAGAAGCUGGAACGAGAGGCCCGCAUCUGUCGCCUGCUCAAACACCCCAACAUAGUACGCCUGCAUGAAAGCAUCUCAGAGGAGGGCUUCCAUUACCUUGUCUUUGACCUUGUCACUGGCGGAGAGCUGUUUGAAGACAUUGUCGCCAGAGAGUAUUACAGUGAAGCCGACGCCAGCCAGUGCAUCAACCAGAUCCUGGAGAGUGUCCACCACAUCCACCAGCAUGACAUUGUGCACAGGGACCUCAAGCCAGAGAACCUGUUGCUGGCCAGCAAGCUGAAGGGAGCGGCAGUGAAGCUGGCAGACUUUGGCCUGGCCAUCGAGGUGCAGGGAGAACAGCAGGCAUGGUUCGGUUUUGCGGGCACACCUGGCUACCUGUCCCCAGAGGUCCUGAGGAAGGAUCCUUACGGCAAGCCUGUAGACAUCUGGGCCUGUGGCGUGAUCCUGUACAUCCUCCUGGUGGGCUACCCUCCCUUCUGGGACGAGGACCAGCACAAGCUUUAUCAGCAGAUCAAGGCCGGGGCCUACGACUUCCCCUCUCCAGAGUGGGACACCGUCACCCCGGAGGCUAAGAACCUGAUCAACCAGAUGCUGACCAUCAACCCAGCCAAGAGGAUCACUGCUGACCAGGCCCUCAAACACCCAUGGGUCUGUCAACGCUCCACCGUGGCCUCCAUGAUGCAUCGCCAAGAGACCGUGGAGUGCCUGCGCAAGUUCAACGCCCGGAGAAAACUCAAAGGAGCUAUCCUUACUACCAUGCUGGUGUCCAGAAACUUCUCAGUUGGCCGACAGCACACCACCCCUGCAGCCACCACCAGCACGGCUGCUAUGGCACAGGAAGCAUGCAAAAGUUUACUAAACAAAAAAUCCGAUGGAGUCAAGCCGCUGACAAACAACAAUAAAAACAGUGUAGUAAGCAGUACCAGCAGCACCAAAGACAGCAGCAUAUCAUCUUCAGCACCAAUGGAACCACAGACCACUGUCGUGCACAACCCAGCUGACGGCACCAAGGGCUCCACGGAGAGCUGCAACACCACAGAAGAGGAGGAUAUGAAAGGUAGGAAAGUGUCUGCGUGCGGGGCUAGCGCCGACAGCGCAGUGGUCAGCCAGUGCAGUGCCAGUGAGGAGCAGAGCCAGCAGAGCCAGGCCCCUCACUGCCCACCCGCCUCUGCCCCCCUGCACGAAGAUGCUCAAAACACCAAAUCAGCUGUGAGCGCCUGUCCUGACUUAGAGCGUGGGCUGCCUCCACCAGGGGGCAGCAGCGUGCUGCUCACUCGCAAGCAGGAGAUCAUCAAGAUUACCGAGCAGCUGAUCGAAGCCAUUAACAAUGGUGACUUUGAGGCUUACACGAGAAUCUGUGACCCUGGACUGACCUCGUUUGAACCGGAGGCUCUUGGGAACCUGGUGGAGGGCAUGGACUUCCACAAAUUCUACUUUGAUAAUUUGUUGAGUAAGAACAGUAAGCCGGUGCACACCACCAUCCUCAACCCGCACGUCCACCUGAUUGGCGAGGACGCCGCCUGCAUCGCCUACAUCCGCCUGACGCAGUACAUGGACAGCCAGGGCCGCCCGCGCUCCUGCCAGUCGGAGGAGACGCGCGUGUGGCACCGCCGCGACGCCAAGUGGCUCAACGUGCACUUCCACUGCUCGGGGGCGCCCGCCGCGCCCCUCCAGUGAACCUUUACCAGGCCCCAGAUUUGACCUGAAUUCUGAAGCUGUUUGGAGCAUUUUCUCUCCGUGGUCGGAUUGGCGCCAAGGAGCCCAGCCGGAUAAGACCGCUUGAAGUUUGAAAAAAAAAACACAAGGGGGGGAAAAAAAAAAAAUAUAUACAUAACAAAAUAGAAUAUUUAAACCGCCAACCGCUUGUCUGACCGAUCGACAACACCGACCACCACCAACCCCACCAACCCUUGUCGCUGAGGGCUUGCCGAGGCAGCAGCCCCGCCCUCUGGACGGUGCAUGCUUCUGAUGCCCACACGGGGCACUGUCUUCUUAUUUUCUUUCAUGGAUCCAUCUUUUUUUUCUUUUUUUUUUUUGGAAAGGUGUUUGAAGUAUUAACAAAUGUACAAGAAAUAUUUCAAUUUUCGUUUAAAAAAAAAAAGAAUAACAAAAACAAAGCCUUCACACAUGAUCUUUUUAAUAAUUUUUUUUUUCCUCUCCCAAAAAGGAAGAGCACACACUCCUCAUUUUAGCGAAGAUGUGUUUUUUGCUUUGUUAAUUUCACGUUUAACAUGUAUAUCUAUUUUGAUGCAUUGAAAUGGUAAUAGGGAAAAUGAGGACGUAAACAACUAAAUUACAGUAUAUUACUUAAUAUCUGAAUUAAAAGCACCAAAGUGUAGACUUUAGACAUUUUUUGCAUAUAAAGACAUUUGUUUUCAUGUAGAAGUGAGCUUUUUGGGGAAGUGAGGGGGGGUUACGUUUUUUAGUAUUCCAAUGUGUUAAUGUGGAUCUUCAUUUUUAUCUUCUGAAUGAUGCUGUAUUUGAAAGUAUUUUGUGUUUAAAGAGAAUCCUUUUUACAAAUGGGACUUUAUUUAACGUAGUUAUGAAAUACAUAGAUAUUUAUAAGGAGAAGGGGAACAACUCUUUCCUUUCAGGGUUUGGAGAAGGGAGGUGUGUGUGCGCGCCUGUGUGUGUGGAUGUAUCGAUGUCCCCUGUAUCCUUGUAACUCCCUUUGCGACUCCUAGCUUUGUUUGUGCGUUGGGGUCCUGCGUGUAAAUCCAUCCACACACGGACGUGUCCACACAUGUGCUGUGCCCUUUGGGUCUGUAUGCCAGCCUGCUCUUCAGCCACAACCUCUUGACCAGCACAACCUGAAGUUGCAGAACACUCCCAGUUAAAUGCUAUCUGCCUCUUGGCCACUAGAGGGCACAAUAAAACAUUCUAGCUUCUGGAGGCCCAGCACUCUCCCACACCGAGGCUUCAAACACAAACCCUGAAAGUGCAAACGACACCUCUCCCUCCUGUAAGGUUUUCUACUACGAUUUAAGCAUGUUUAAUUAAUACAAGGAUGACAACAACAAAAAAAUAAUGAAUUUAAAAUGGCCUGUACUGUUUUGCACAUGAACUUGAGACUCAAUGCUGUUGUGUUCACCUUUUUCCUGAGUGGACGUUUCUGCAACUUCAGGUUAAGCUAGCCCACUCCCCGGGGGAUCUGUUUCUAUGACGAUCCCUGGUAAACCACUCCCCCCAUCCCGUUGUCACUGUCUCACUCGCGCCACUCUGUUGAAGAUGAUGUCACUCUUUUGCCUGUCUCUUGUUCUGGUCCUGUUCUUGAACACUGUAUAUUGUCUGUCUUGGCUUGCCGUACCUCUGUCAAAUUCAUGGGCACGGAAUAGCAUGUUAAAAAGGAGAAAGCAAUGAAAGUCUGGGAUUGGAUCAUGGCCAACUACCAGUGACCACAUGAUUUUUGAUGGCUGGUGAUUGGACAGAAUAUUUGGAUGGGAGGCGGACUUAGUGGCUGGUGUUUUGGGACCAUGCUGAAGGCAAUCAAUGGAUUGGUCCAUUUUGUAAUGGUUUGUAAUGGUUUGUAGUUAAUUGUACUAGCUGUUAGUGGUCUUAGUGUUUGCUUCUGGAUAACCUCAGUUGUUUGUUUCCACGAAUUGAAACUGUAAAUAUGGGGGGGGGGGGGCACUAUCGAGUCUGGGGGUGGGGCCAAGGCUUCUGGCCAAUCGCAGCUAAGCCUCCUCUCUCUCCGUCCCCCGACCCCAUCACACAUGCAUAAACAAUCCCAAUAAAAAGUCAUCAAUAAACAAUCAGUAAAAAGUAGACUCCACCGCACACACAGAGAAACUCACGUGCACAGGAUGGUGUCAGUGCACACCUAUUUGGUACCCGCAUCAAGAAACACAUGAACCAGUUUCCCUUUUAAAACAUAUCGUUCAAACAUAUUGUGUCGAUGGUUAGCCAUUGGAUCGCUGUUUGUCACUGUGCAGUUGAACCGUGUGUGUGUGUGUAUGUUUGUGUGUGUGUUUGACUUUGUACCAUCAAGAGUGAAGCCUGCUUCAAACCUGUGAGCCGCUCCCAUCGUAACGUGCACUCCAUCAAUCCUGUCAGAGGACGGGCGUUUAAGGUCAAAGAAAACAUCUCGAAAUGAUUGAACCAUGAUCCAACAUGAUAUCAAAGCGUGUCGGACAGCCGACGCGACGCCGCGAACGUGCCCCGUCGCCACGUCACAAGUCGCGUGGUGACACGCCCGCCCCACCCUGGCAACUACGCCAUGACGUAUCCUCCUUGCCAUGAGACUGUCCCCUUCCCCCCCCCCUCCCCCUCCCCCCAACCCCUCUUCCACACCAUGACGAUGAUGUAUACAGUACUAAACCGUGUGAUGUUUUACUGGCUCUGCGUAGUGUUCCUGACUUUGUGCCGUGAGCCCUGGCUUCUCUUCUCCUCUGUAUCUAGCACCCCGUCAGGCCAGGCACCUCCAUCCAUAGUGUUCACGCAGCCAUGGGAAUGUUCUUGUAUCCGAGUAGAAAAACGAUGCGGUGACUACAACUCGAGUUAUCAAAACAGGGAAGGAGGAAAACGGAGUGAACCGAGAGGGGGGAAAUAGUUCCCCCUCUAUUCUACUGUUACCUAUCUGAUUAGCUGGAAGGAGGAGAGGCGCCUUGAUCCACUUACAAAAAAGAGAUGAAAUACUGAAAAUAACUAUUAAAAGCCACACACUCUUAACAACCAAACUCUAUAUGCAGUUUUACAAGAGGAAGACAUAUGCAUGUCUACUUUCUGGUAAUAUUUUUCACUGUCUGUGUUUACUUGAUUAAGUAAUGGAAAUCUGUAUAUGUUACCUGCAUCCUAAAGGUUUAUUGAAAAGGCUCUGUCUCAAAUAUUGAAAUCAAGUGAUGUAUCACAUAAAAAGUGCAAAAAAAGAUAUAUAUUAAAAGCCUUAGCUUGGUAUGUUCCCCUUUUAAUAGUAAAUGUAUUGCAUUGUAACCAUAUACUAAGGGGCUUCAUAUGACUAUACUCUUGAGUUCUCAUUUAGAUGCUGGAUUUUGCAUGACCAUACAAUUAAUAAAAUCAUGAAUUUAAAACUAUCAAGUGUUCGUUUGAAUGUCAGUAGAUCAUAUCUUUGUUAUUAUUGAAACGAUCUUGAGAAGUAUUUAAUAAAAAUCGAAUUUUAACAUAG